GGUUGGGACACACAUAACCGCACCGUACCCGAUCCGCGUGUCGGCCGAGUGUUGACCGUCACUCGGUGAAUGAAUAGUGCAAUGAUAUAAAUAACAAUAGUUCUGACAUCACCGUAUCACGGACGAGCGCUGUCGCCGCACCGAGACAGAACCGAGUGCGAUUAAAAUAUUUUAAUAAUUGACGUUGACGGUGCGGGCUCGCCGUUUCAACAUUCGGUAGUUAGUAUAACUUAUAGUUUCAGUUUCCAGUAUCCAGGUCUUUAGUCUAGUUUCUAGCAUUUUUACGAAGCAAGUAUGGUUGAUGUAGAAAUGUUAAUUGAAGAAAUUCGAAAGUUUCCAGUCCUAUACGACCAAACCAGCGAAAAAUAUAGAAAUUCGGAGUAUAAAGACAGAAUUUGGAAUAAUAUUUCAACUACAUUAGCAGUUAAAGGUGGAAUAGAAGAAUGUAAAAAAAAGUGGUCUUCUGUCAGAGAUCAGUUCCGUAGAACUCUACAAAAAAGGAAGACAGCAUCUGGACAGGCUGCUGUGAAUAACCGAAAAUAUAAGUAUGAAGAUAUUCUUGAGUUUCUUUUACCACACAUUUCAGAACGCGACACAUUAUCCAACGUGGAUGAUUUUGAAGAGGAUCAAAAUAAUGAAAUGGAAAUUACUAAUAAUGAAACUUCGGAAGAAUUCAGUGGACAACCAUGUGAGCAACAGAAUAACAGAGACAGAAGCGACAAAUCAAUAACUGAAAUUCAAAAUAAUUUCACUGAUUCUGUGGACGAUACUCUCAGAUCUACAACAGAAACUUUAGCCAAAUCAUCUAGUUUAUCUGUAAAGAAAAAUACAUUUAGACCUCCACUCAAACGAAAAAUUAUUCAUGGAGGAACAACUAUAGAUUCUCCAGCAAGCCAGCUAAUGGCAUUUAUGUUAGCUGAGAAGGAAGAAGAAAAUAAAAAAUCUAAAAAAGAAGUCGAAUCUACAGUUAAGCAUCCAAUUGAUGCUUUUUUGAGUGGAAUUUUGAAACCAACUGAAACAGCUGAAGCUCGUAGGAAAACGGCAUGGGCGGCACGGACGAGCUACGGACAAGGUACGGAUAUGUGUGCGUUCGUGAACGACGAUUAGUGCCUCAAUCGACACUCGGCCGACACGCGGAUCGGUUACGGUGCGGUUAUGUGUGUCCC